GAGACGUAUGACUUGAAGACUAUCCUGAUCAGCAUGGGCAUGGCGGACGCUUUUAAUGUUGGAAUGAGUGACUUUUCUGGUAUGUCCACAGCCAACAACCUGGUUCUGUCAAAGGUCGUCCACAAGAGUUUCGUGGAAGUCAACGAGGAGGGAACUGAAGCUGCUGCUGCCACUGCUGGAGAAAUAACGAACCGCUCCCUUCCCCCCCGUUUCACUGCAGACCAUCCCUUCCUCUUCUUCAUCCGACAUAACCCCACCAACACUGUUCUCUUUGCCGGCCGAUACUCCUCUCCUGAGUAAGCUCUGCUGCUCGUCCUGUAGACAUGGACGGAUUAUGAGUCAAAGGCAUCUUGAGCACAGACAUGUAGAGGGUCCCUAAUCAGAACAAGAGACAGAUUUUCUUUGGAGGUGUUUUAGAUCUCUUUUUGGUAACUUUGAUGAUCUUUUGUGGUUGGUUUGUGGCUUCAUUUUGUGUCUCCUAGUAGUUGGUUUGGGUCUGUCAGAAAUACUUGACAUAAAAUAAAUAAAGAUGCAAAUUAAAAAUGAAACAACAUAAAUAGUUGCCUGCAAAACAUUUUUCUUGUCUAAUUUGGCAGACCACAUUAUUUUCAAUUUGCAUACAUUUUGCAUAAUUUUAGAGUUUAUACAUUUAAAGGGAUUUGCAGUACAACAGAAAAUCAUUUUAGAAAGCUUCAAAGAUUGGCUGAGUUUUAAUAAUUUUAGGUUUGUGCAUAUAAUAAAGGAUCAUAAUGAUAACUGUGUUAGUCAAAGGAUUUUGUGGUGGGUUUGUGGCUCUGUGUGUUCAUUGUUUUUUUUUUUGUUUGUUUGUUUGUUUUUGUUUUUCUGGUAAUUAAACUAUGACUCACAAUGAAACUCCCCCAGUUCCUUACUUACAGGAAGAUACUUAAGAUGUUUUUUUUUUAUAUUACAAGUUUUGGGAAAUUUAUGUUUGAAUACACAAAUGAUGCAAUAUCUAACUGAAAAUUGGCAACAAAAACAAACACCUUGAUGUGUGUUUUGGAUUUUCCUUUUCACUAUAGUCCACAGGAAGCCAUGUUAUGGAGGCAAAAUAGCCAAAAGUCUCAAAAUUUACCCUGUGCAUAAGAAAAAUAGUUUUUACCUUAAAAGUAACAAUUUCAACAAAAUAAGCACUUCUGGUAAGAAUCAGCUUCUUCUGUUGUGUUUAACCUACACAGCUUAAAAUAUGAGACAAUGUGCAAUCGGGCCGCUGUGAGAGAGAAUGAAUGGGAGUACGCAGCAUUUACAAACUCAG